CUGCAUUUUAAAUCAACUAUCGAGCUAUCGUUUGUAAAGUACUUAUUACGUUGAAAUGGGAGAUAAUAACAAACUAUGUAAUUGUGCUUCUUGGAAAAGUAAAAAUGUUCAGAAAUUAAUUUUGAUAUGAUAACUUGCAGAUUAAAGUUAGGAUGUCUAGCCUCUGUUGUUAUGUUCUGUGGAUACAUUCCCUUGUUUGUAUGGAUAUAUAUGAGCAAAAAGUACGAAAAUAAUAUCCAUAUUAAGAUUCCAACUGUCCAUAAUCAGUCACGUGACAAGCAUGUGCGUUCAUUUCAAGUGUUUGACAGUUCAUAUAUUAAUGUGAAGGAUUUUCGGAAUACAGAAUAUAAGUUCGUGCACUAUUCUUUGCCCAAUAUUUCUUAUCCUUUUAAUUGUACUGGAACAUUAGAUCUGGAACCUCAAAGUUUUCUUCAUAAAAUACAGGGACCAGUCGAGGACAUUCUUUGCAUGAAAAGACCAAGACUUCUGGAGAAUUAUAAGAAUCCGUGUUGGAUAGAAGAUGGACACCUUCGUUGUCUCCCAUACUUUCACAUUUUUGGUGUUUGUAAAUCAGGAACGACAGAUUUAUUCCGCCGGUUAAUGAUACAUCACCAGAUUAUGCCAAAUAAAGGAUUGAUGAAAAAAGAAACUUGGUUCUGGUCAUGGAAACGGUAUGGUGAACAUUCAGAUGGUCAAAUUUCAACACUGAAGAAUUUUACCGACCUAUUUGAUGUAUUACCACAACGACUUACAUAUAGUUAUGACAUAGAUAUGUACUAUUCACACUUUGUGACAGGUCAUGGCGAUCCAAUGGACAUCUGGUAUCCUUUUGAUUGGACAUCGAUACCGCAAAAUAAUCCUACAUCAGAAGAACCAGUUUAUAUUACACCGAAUCUGAUAUACCAUUUAAAUCCAAAUAUCAGGCUAAUUCUGGUUAUACGAGACCCAGGUGAAAGACUCUACAGUCAUUACCUUCAUAAGAAUUUGGGGAUCAAUUUAUAUCCCAGUGCCAAGGAAUUCCAUGAAGAUGUUCAACAUGCUGUUUCUACUUUUGCUAAUUGUACCAUUAGAAAAAGUCUUCGGGCAUGUUUAUAUGAUACAGUUCUAUAUAAAAGAUUACGGGCACCAAUAUCCUCAGGGUUUUAUAGUACUUUUCUGCGUGAUUGGUUAAAGGUCUUUGACAAAGAUCAGAUUAUGGUUAUACGCAAUGAAGACUACCGCCGUAAUAUAGCCGGAACUCUAAUGAAGGUGUUCAAGUUCUUAAAUCUAGACGAAGUAGGACCGUAUGUACUUGAGAAAAUGGCAUGUAGAGAGUUGGAGUAUAAAACUUAUAAAAGGUCGCCAAUAAUGAACGAAACGAGAAGCCUUUUAGAAACAUUUUAUUACGACAGCCAGCGCGACAUGGACAGUCUUUUGGAAGAAUAUGGAAUAGACCUUUCACAUCAGCCACAAGAUGAAAUGGCCAGUAAAAUAAACUGUUCAAGAUUUAUGGCCAGAAACCCUUUAGUUUCUAAACUUAAAAGAAAUAAAGUGAAACGCUAUUUUAUUAGCAAGAAAAACGCUACGAAAUAUUUCAGGAAUAAAUAUAUACAUCGUUAA